UACAUAGAUAUUGUCUGAUUACUUUUCUCAAAAUUUAUUAUCAAAAAUGCCGAAGAAGCUUAAAGUAGUUGUAAAAUCGCUUUACUCUCAUGAGAUUCGUAAAGAUGUAAGAUUGGAAAACUUGAAGUCACUGAAACUUGAAGAUGCGUGGCCGUUUAUAAGAGACGAAAUAGAGAUUGAAAUUGGAAGCAGGCAGUUAGUGUGUAUACCGCACAUCACUGAAGCUGAUUUAUACAAAGUCACGUCUCUGUUCGUGCCAAACGAGAAAGAGAUUAACGGUAAAAACUUCACGCCUCUCGGAGAAUUGUUAAAAAAUUUAAACAAAAAGAAAUCAAAUGAAGAUUACGUGAAGUGGUUGGAAGACGGCGACUUUCAAGAUAUUGAUUUCAAGUUUCCACACGAGAGUGUAAAGAUCACUUUGCAAGAUGAAUCCAUCAAGAAUAAAGUUAGAGUCAUCAUGGUGAACUUCUCCAGAUGUACGAUUCCUAAGAAUAAGGAACUCGUUAAAAAUAUUUAUUUGGAUGUUGAAAAUAAUGAAGAUCUGAAGGGAAAGAAGUCCGUUUAUAUGAUCACUGAUGUGCUUAUGGCGAAGACCAUAGAGUUCCGAGUGACAAUUGGCUCGUCUUCUAGAAUCUUCCAUCUCGGUAAUGCAUCGCCUCUUGUAUUUGGACUUGAAGAAUACUUAAUCGGUGACGACGGACAGCUCAUUGCCAAGGAACCGGUCACAAUACAAUCCAAGUUGUUGCACUGGCAGAAGGUUGACCCUUCGGAUCACCUGUACACACCAGACAAGGAGGCUUGCGCAGUGUAAAUCAAGAAAGAGAAAAAGAGAAAAAAUCAAUAGAGAGAAAAAGAGAAAAAAUCAAUAAAGAGA